CUUUUCUUUGCUGGAGAGCGGGACAGGCACCCAGAGGGGGGAAUUCAGGGCGUGGGACCGCCAGGCAGGCGAGGGCUCCGCAGACAGCACCGAAGCAGCCGAGCGGGCGGUCGGGGCAGUUCACCAAGUCCAGCACCAUGGGUUUACUGGAGUGCUGUGCCAGAUGUCUCAUCGGGGCACCCUUUGCUUCGCUGGUUGCCACUGGCUUGUGCUUCUUUGGGGUAGCGCUGUUUUGUGGCUGUGGGCACGAAGCCCUCACAGGCACUGAGCAGCUCAUCGAGACCUACUUCUCCAAAAACUUCCAGGACUAUGAGUAUCUCAUCGACAUCAUCCAUGGUUUUCAGUACUUCAUCUAUGGCACAGCCUCCUUCUUCUUCCUCUAUGGAUCCCUGCUGCUGGCCGAAGGCUUCUACACUACCGGCGCCGUCCGGCAAAUCUUUGGGGACUACAGGACCACCAUCUGCGGCAAGGGCCUCAGCGCUACGGUAACUGGGGGCCCGAAAGGGAGGGGAGCGCGAGGCCCCCAGCGAGCUCACUCGUGGCAGCGGGUGUGUCAGUGUUUGGGAAAGUGGCUAGGACAUCCUGACAAGUUUGUGGGCAUUACCUAUGUCCUGACCAUCAUCUGGCUCCUGGUCUUCGCCUGCUCUGCGGUGCCCGUCUACAUCUAUUUUAACACUUGGACCACCUGCCAGUCCAUUGCCAACCCCACCAAGACCACGGCCAGCAUUGGCACCCUGUGUGCCGAUGCCAGGAUGUACGGUGUCCUCCCCUGGAAUGCUUUCCCUGGCAAGGUGUGUGGCACCAACCUGCUCUCCAUCUGCAAGACCAGCGAGUUCCAGAUGACUUUCCACCUCUUCAUCGCAGCCUUUGUGGGGGCAGCUGCCACGCUGGUCUCACUGCUCACCUUCAUCAUCGCCGCCACCUACAACUUCGCAGUCCUCAAGCUGAUGGGCCGAGGCACCAAGUUCUAGCCCGCGCGGCGGAGCACAGCCAGACCAAGCGCCCUUCUUUUCUCUAACCCCGAGGCUUUAACACUGCAGCCACCUGACACCAGGUCUCCUGCCUUAACUCUGCCUUCGCUGAUGACUCCCCUCCUCUUCCUCCCUCGCAUCCAUCGUGCUGAGCGUGACCAGGAAGGAGAGCUUCCCACCAAUGGACACCUCUUCAUGCACUUUUCUCUCUUUGCUCAUCCGUAACCGGUUCGCUCUAGAGCCAAGCCCGUCAAAAACAGCCAGAGAAGAGGAGGGACUUACUCCAGUGUCCUGAUUGUUGCCUAGGGAUGAGCAAACGCCUUCAUGCUCCUGGGAGGAAGAAAUCCAUGUAGGUUGCUCCGUGAGUAGCAAGAGGCUACCCAGAGAGAAAAGGAAGUUGGCCCAGUCCUGGUACCAUUGCUAGAGACUCUCCUGGAGCUGUCUGCUGUCACCACCCAUGGAUGGAGAAUAAGAGAAGGAUUUUUUUUUUUCCUUAGCAGAGAGAGAUGAAUUUAACCUAAAUUGCCUGCUGCAGCCAAGGCAAAGGGAGUUCAGGGCAAGGAUCUUCCCAGUGUGGAGAAGAGAGUGCUGACCCCAAUGCCGAUAAAGCCCUAACCCAGCUGCCCCUAUUAAAGCCUAAAGGAGUUUGGUGUCUCUGUAGACAAAGGGGGACUCUUGGCUUUACCCUCCAGGCAGCAGAGAGGCAGCAAAUAGGUUUGACUGAGAGGGGACAUCUCUGCAGCAAGCCCUGGGAGUGUAGAGCCAGAGCCAUCCCUCCGUAGGCAGGGGAUAACCCUCAGGACCGCGUGCCCUGCCCUGCCCUGCCCUGCCCUGCCAGCGCCGCGCUCGCCGCACGCUCUCGGCCCUUCACAAUGGUGCUCUUCUCUGGGGUGAUGUCUGCUUCUCUAACCUCCACUGCGCCAGAGAGCUUCCUCUGCUUCUCACCCACGUCAGAUGUAACCCUCCCUCGCUCUGUCCCCUUCGCCCCCUCACCCUCUUUUCCUACAAGUCAGUACAGCUGUCUGGUGACUGCCAGGGUGGGAGGGACUGGAGGCAUCUCGCUUCCAGGUGAAACCCGUGGAGGAAUUGAGGAGGGAAGGAAAGGUGGUGGUUUGGGGCAGAAACACAGCCAGUCUCUGCAAUCCAGAUCCUUUCUGGUGCCAGUUCAGUCUUUCCCCAUGGAGUGGGGCAGCAGGGCAAGGGGUUUGGUGGAGGUGGCCUCUCCUCCACGACUGUUCUCCAGCUGGAGGAAAGCCCUCUGGCUGGGUAGCAUGGCUCCAGCCAGACCUGCCAAAAUGCUGCUUCCAGUCCUCCCCCAACAACUGGUAUUUUGAUUUGCUCUUCCCUGCCUCUCCUUAAUGCUAAUCUUUGUGUUUAUUUAUUGGAGAAACUACUUUCAGUGGCAGACUGUAGCUCCAUCUUGCAUGGAUUUCUUUUUUUUUUUUUUUCCUGUGUCUGUAUUAUUGUGAUAUAUUUUUUAAGUGCUGGUUUCAGCAGGGGCUAGGAUAAAGAGGCAGAUCUGCUGAGCAGUGAAUUUGAAGGAUCCUUGCCGCCGGGAAUGCUGAAAUAGGUUGGCCAGGCUACCAACGCACAUGGGAUGGGGAGGGGGGAGAUGCCAGGACGGGGUGGCAGGGUGGGGAGAAACCAGUCAAGAUCUGGAAAUUCACGUCAACGCUAUCUCUCUUGGGGUUUUCUGGGGUUUUAUUUGAUAUCCAUUUAACAAAAAAUAACCAGAUCCUCCUUCCCACUCUUGGCCCCAGACCCCACACACGCACACACACACGCACACACACACAGACAAACACACGGGCAAAAAGAGUUAAUCGACUGAAAGUGUUUCCUUCAUUUCUGAUCUAGAAUUUCAACUUGUUAACAAGCAAUAAAAAGGAGCAAGUUUUUAGAGACUUAUCUUACAAGAUGUAUUUUAUAAAAAUUAAAGAAAAUAAAUUAAAAUUAAGAACAUUCUGAACAAGG